AUGGCUCCAGAGGGUCGUGUUGAUGUCAACGAUGCUCAACUUCCAGAGUUGCAGGAGAGCUAUUCCCAGGCAGAGCAGGCACUCUGUCUUGAGCAGAAGGCGCUUCGUGAUGCGAACGAAACCUUGGAGCAGAUCCAACAGGAGGCGGUCGUUUGGCGGCAGCGGGUUGAGGAACUUCGGCAUUUGCGCCGACGGCAGGAUGAAGCUUCAACAGCUGACGCGCAAAAGAUGAAGACUGAAGCCAUCACACGUUCUCAGGAGCGUGAAAGCCUCAAUAAGCUCAAUGCAAAGGUGCUCGAACUUCGGGAAAAGCUGGCGAAGCAGCCCGACGCUCGCCAAUGUGCAGCGAAGGCUGUUGCAGAAGUGGAGAAGAGUACCCAGAAGAGACGGGAGGAGACUGCCAUGCAAAGGGAAGCAAAGCAAGAGGCGAUCCGCAUUGACAUGGAGGCUGCGCAGGCGCGCCUGUCAAUGCUGGCCGAUCAGAAGGCUGAGCGGCACCAGGAGCUGUGCAAGUGGCGCAGGCGGCUUGCCGUGCUGCGAUUAGGGCGAGCUGCCGCUAGUUGGAAGAAGCAAAGCCGAGCAGAAGGCAUCGUGCGCCAGUCGGAGGAGAAGCUGCUGAGGCUCCGGCGGCAGCUCUCCCGAAAGCAGGGCCGCUUGGAUGAAGAGGUGGCCUUGCAGGCCAUGGAGCAGAAGAGGGAGCUUGAGAAAGAGGCGACAGCUCACAGGCAACAGCAAGAGGAGAGGGAGGAAGAACUGGAGCGACUGGAAGACGAGGUCGACGCACUCAAAGAGCGCACCGCCAAAGCCAAAGAAUUGCUGAGGCAGCACAAUGCUCUUGAUGAGGCCUUAGGCAUUUGGGCCACGGACCGUUGCAACGAAAAACAGAACUAG